AUGGUUGACCACGAUAACCCAGACCACUCGAGAGAGGAUCUUGAGUCUCUAGCCAAAAGAAUAAUAGCCGAUCAUAUGAGAUUUGUUUGUGCAGACAAGGCGUUGAUGCUGUGGAACAAGAGAUGCCAGGGACAUUGCAAUGAAUCCGCAGACGACACAGAACUCUAUUCAUCCAUCACCACAAGAAAAAGAAUCAUGUCUCUUAUUGAGAAGGAAAACACAGACGAGGCCUUUAGAAUAUGCGAGGAUUUGAAGCUGUUUGACCUGGGAAUUGAAAACGAGACGUUGGUGAAAGAGGCUUUGUCGAAGCUGGUUUUUGUUGAUUUAUUACGAGCGGGAAGACACGUGGAAGCCAUAAGGUUUGCCAGGACGUUUAUGAAUGACGAGAACGAAAAUGACAGGUUAUUUACUCUGAUAGGAUAUAAGGAUGUAGAUGACCCAAGGUUCCAUGAGAUUGCGGAUUCUAUUAGAAGAGAAAAUGUCAUGGAAGUCCUGAACAAACACUUGUUCAGAAAAGAAGUCGGGAGAGAGCUUUCUUUGUUGUCUCUAGCCCUGAGCCACUAUAACUCCAUUCUGAAGUAUCAAAGAAAGUAG